AUGCCAAAGCAACGUAGCUACGCCAUGCCAAGGCUUUCCUCCAAACAGUCUGGCCCAGACUCCAAGAAACCCAAAAAGGUGGUGAUCAGCGAAAUCGAGCAACUAGCCAGCAAUCCGUCGAUCUCCUCGCAACUGCCAGCCGUUCCGUUGAAGAGUGCAAUGAAGAAAAAAGUGCCACAGAAGACCGAGAGUAAGAAGGCAGAAAAAGCAGCGGAGGAAUCAGAGGAAGAACCUUCGAGCAGUCCAGCCAGCGAGAACGAUGUAGUGCAACUGAAUGUCUUUGACGAUGACGAGUCGGACGAUGACAGCUCUGAUGACGAUGACGAUGAUGAUGAUGAUGAUGGCGAUGACAACGAUUCAAGUGAAGAGGAAUCCAACCAAUCAUCAGAUGAUGAUUCAAAAGCUCAGCCUAGCUCAAAGAAUCAGCCUACACCGAAUCGUAAAUCUAAGCGGAAGGCAGCCGAAGAGCAGGCUGGAGUGGUAUACCUUGGAAGAAUUCCACAAGGUUUCUAUGAAGACGAAAUGAGGGCAUACUUCAGCCAAUUUGGAGAAGUACUUCGGUUGAGACUAUCGAGAUGCAAACGGACAGGGAAACCGAAACACUACGGAUUUAUCGAGUUCAAGCACCUCGAAGUCGCUCAAAUCGUCGCCGAGACCAUCCACAAUUAUCUUCUUUGUGGAAAAUUGCUUCAAUGUAAAGUGCUCGAGAAGGAUCAAAUUCAUCCUAAACUCUGGGUGGGUAGUGGGAAAAAGUUCAGGAAGGAUUGCAAGUUGAGACUGGACCGGGAAAAACGCAAUCAGGCCAAAACUCUACCUCAACGAAAUGUUAUCUCGGACCGAUUGAUCAAGCAAGAGCAGCUGAAACGCAAACGAUUAGCCGAGCUAGGGAUCGACUAUAACUUUGAAGGUUACACAUCGCCUGCCAAGCCUCAAGUCGAGACCGAUCCAACCCCAGAAAACAAACCCAAAAAAAGCAAGAAGGCUUCACUCCCAAGCGCCGAAAGUGGUCGUGCGAAGAAGAAGAAUUGA